GCUUCUUUCUCACUCUGGCACCUUCUUAGACCCAAAAUAUCUCAGCUGCAAUGCUUUAACUAACACAUAAGUAUAAUCGAUCUGCUCAAUCCGAGAUUUGCCUUUCUUCAUCAACUGAUAUAAAACCCAACAAAAUUUCUAGAAAAAAUCUCCAUCAACCGAGGCUUGGAUCAUCAUUAAGUGUUUAUUGGAAAAUGGUUAAUUUGGAUCUAUUCUCUUCUCAUGAGCUUGUGAAAUCGGUGACUGUGAGAUACAGAGUUCCUUACUUUACUCAAUGGGGUCAAAGCCUUAUUGUAUGUGGUUCAGAACCCUUCCUUGGAUCGUGGAAUGUGAAGAAAGGCAUUUUGAUGGUUCCAUCUCAUCAACAUGAGGAACUCAUUUGGUAUGGAACUGUCACUAUUCCUGUUGGUGUUGUCUGUGAGUACAGUUAUUAUGUUGUGGAUGACAAUAAGAAUGUUGUGAGAUCGGAGGGUGGGAAGAAAAGGAAACUAUUGCUGCCCGAUGGUGUUCAAAGUGGUGAGAUUCUAGAGUUACAUGAUCUUUGGCAGACUGGUUUGGAUGGUUUGCCAUUUACAAGUGCCUUCAAAGAUGUUAUCUUCCACAAGAGUUGGGAUUUCGACGUGGAGAGCCUCCCCGAGUCUGUUAAGAACAAGUCUGAUGGAGAUCCCUUGAUAGUUCGUUUCAAGAUUUGCUGUCCAAGUGUAGAAAAAGAAACAUCAAUUUGUGUCAUUGGUAGCUCCCCCAAGUUGGGUAGAUGGAAGGUUCAAGAUGGAGUUACACUCAGUUAUGCUGGUGAAUCAAUCUGGCAAGCAGAUUGUGUUAUGCAAAAGGAUGAUUUCCCCAUAAGGUACAGGUACUGUAAAUAUAGCAAACAAGGAAAUGUUUCUGUUGAAAUAGGUGGAAAUAGGGAAGUUUCGGUCGAUCUUACGACAAAUAAAGCAAGAUAUAUCAUCCUAUCGGAUGGAAUGAUGCGGGAAAUGCCAUGGCGUGGUGCAGGUGUUUCAGUUCCAAUGUUUUCUGUUAGAUCUGAAGCCGAUCUAGGAGUAGGAGAGUUUCUGGAUUUGAAGUUGCUUGUUGACUGGGCUGUUGCUUCCGGGUUUCAUUUAGUUCAGCUUUUACCAGUUAAUGAUACAUCAGUCAAUCAGAUGUGGUGGGACUCAUAUCCAUACAGCUCACUUUCGGUUUUUGCGCUGCAUCCAUUAUACCUCAGAGUGCAGUCUCUUUCAGAAAAUAUCCCAGAGGAUGUUAAGAUAGAAAUUCAGAAGGCAAGGGAACUGUUAAAUGGGGAGGCUGUGGAUUAUGAGGCUACCAUGGAAACAAAACUAUCAAUUGCAAAAAAAAUCUUCAACUUGGAGAAAAGUUCUAUAUUCAAGUCAAGUUCUUUCUGCAAAUUCUUUUCUGAAAAUGAGGAAUGGCUUAAACCUUAUGCUGCUUUCUGUUUUCUGCGGGAUUUCUUUGAAACAUCUGAUCAUAGUGAAUGGGGCCGUUAUUCUUGUUAUUCAAGAGACAAGCUUGAGAAACUUGUUUCAGAAUCUAGUGUCCACUAUGAUAUAAUACGUUUUUACUACUAUAUCCAGUUCCAUCUGCAUUUACAACUGUCUGAAGCUGCCGCAUAUGCAAGAAAAAAGCAAGUGGUUCUGAAAGGGGAUCUCCCCAUUGGCGUUGAUAGAAAUAGUGUAGAUACCUGGGUUUAUCCAAAUUUGUUCAGGAUGAAUACGGCUACUGGUGCACCGCCCGAUUAUUUUGCUAAAAAUGGGCAAAAUUGGGGAUUCCCCACUUACAAUUGGGAGGAGAUGUCCAAAGAUAAUUAUGGUUGGUGGAGAGGUCGGUUGACACAGAUGAGCAAAUACUUCACUGCUUAUAGGAUUGACCACAUAUUAGGUUUCUUUAGGAUCUGGGAAAUGCCAGAUCAUGCCAUAACAGGAUUAGUUGGCAAAUUCAGGCCAUCUAUACCCUUAAGUCAGGAUGAGCUUGAAAGGGAGGGCAUAUGGGACUUCGAUCGUUUGUCUCAUCCAUACAUACGACUAGAGAUUUUACAGGAUAAAUUUGGCCCCUCUUGGGUGGUGAUAGCCUCCACAUUCAUGAAUGAAUAUCAGAAGAACCAUUUUGAGUUCAAGGAAGAGUACAAUACAGAGAAAAAGAUUGCUUUAAAGCUGAAGUCAUGUCAAAAUCUGUUUAUGGAAAGUGAAGACAUAAUAAAGUCUGGACUUUUUGAUCUACUGCAGAAUAUAGUGCUCAUCAAAGAUCCAGAGGAUGCCAAAAAUUUCUAUCCCCGUUUCAAUCUGGAAGAUACAUCAAGCUUUAAGGAUUUAGACGAGCAUAGCAAAAAUAUUUUGAAAAGAUUGUACUAUGACUACUAUUUCCAUCGACAAGAAAGCUUAUGGCGUCAAAAUGCUCUCAAGACUUUGCCCGCGAUUUUGAAUUCAUCAAACAUGUUGGCUUGUGGAGAAGAUCUAGGCCUCAUUCCUUCUUGUGUUCAUCCUGUCAUGCAAGAACUGGGAUUAAUAGGAUUGCGUAUUCAACGUAUGCCAAGUGAACCUGAUUUGGAGUUUGGUAUUCCUUCUCAGUAUCCCUAUAUGACGGUAUGUGCUCCAUCUUGCCAUGAUUGCUCCACUUUGCGUGCAUGGUGGGAAGAAGAUGAAGAAAGAAGAUUCAAAUUUUUCAAAACUGCAGUUGGAUCGGAUAAGGUGCCACCAAAAGAGUGUGUUCCUGAGAUCGCACAUUUCAUCCUAAGGCAGCAUGUUGAGUCGCCUUCCAUGUGGGCAAUUUUCCCUCUACAGGAUUUGUUAGCUCUCAAAAAGAAAUAUACUACCCGGCCCGCUCCUGAGGAAACAAUCAAUGACCCUACAAAUCCAAAGCACUACUGGAGAUACCGUGUUCAUGUGACUAUAGAAACGUUAAUAGAGGAUAAAGAACAUAUAUCAAUCAUCAAAGACCUUGUUAGUGGAAGCGGAAGAUCUUAUCCUCCCUCUGAAGAAGUAACUAGCAAUGCGACUGUAACUUCAACUCCAUUAAAGCAGGUACAUGGACAUGAGCAAAAUGCUGCAACUAAGAAGAUUCUGGAAGUCGUUUAAAGAAAUUAUAAGAAAAAAAUCUUUGUUGAGGGUAAUUGCUGCUUGAUGAUGGUGGCUUAAGAAUUACUUUCACUUGAUGAAGUGGGUGAAAACAAAGCAUUUACCUGGCAGGUUUAAUAUUUCUAAAGCCAAAGACAUUCAAUAAAACUCUCCUUUCUCUCAAGGAAAAUGUAUAACAUUUUAGCUGAACAUUUGAACCAGCAUGACUGAAUAAAUAUAUCUGCAUAUUCAUUUGGAUAA